AGUGUGACAGAGUUCUGCUGUAAUUCUUUCCAUAUGUGCUCAGGCCCAAAAACUUUCACUAUGAAAACACACACUUAUUGCCCAAUAGUUCAGUGAGUGAGUCCAGACCAAGCACAAACAGCCAGGCUGAUCUCGUUUUCAUGAGUUAGCUUGCUGCAGACUCUUUUCCAUCAGAUCAUGCCAUGAUGAAGGGAAUAAGUGGACUUAUUUUCAUUCUCUACAUCUCUGCUGUCAGUUGGGGUAAGAAGAUGCGCUGGUGUACAGUCUCAGAGCCAGAGCAGAGGAAGUGUGCAGACCUGGCUAAAGCACUAGUAGCUGCUUUACCUCCUAUUGCAGUGACAGCUUUCGCACGGUUGUCCUGUGUGAAGGCCUACAGCACAGCCGACUGUAUCAAUAAAAUACGGGCUAAUAAAGCUGACCUGGUAACUCUGGAUGCAGGAGAGGUUUACUCUGCAGUAAAGCAGUUUGGUCUCAUGGCAGUGGCCAAAGAGAUCUAUAUUGAUGGUGGCUGUAUCCUGGCCGUGGCGGUAGUGAGGAACUCUAGCUUAUUAGAUAUCCGCUCUCUGAAAGGCAUACGGAGCUGUCACAGUGGAGCUCGAUGGACUGCAGGCUGGAGUCUGCCAUUAGGUCAUCUCCUCUCCCGCAACUACUUACCCUGGGCUGAGGAACAGCCUCUCAGUCAGGCGGUUAGUGCCUUCUUCAAUGCCAGCUGUGUGCCCGGAGCAGCUGCCAUGGCACUCAGCCUGUGUUCCCAGUGCCAGGGUCAAAAAUCAUAUAACCCCCAGAAAAACUUCCACUGUGAGACUUCUCAUAGUGAACCGUUCUACAACAACCAAGGAGCAUUUAGGUGCCUAAAAGCUGGAGUCGGAGAUGUGGCUUUUGUGGAUCACACCGUUCUGGACAGUAUAGAUGACAGUGAGAAGGAUGAGUACCGGUUAUUGUGCACAGAUGGGACUCGUGCUCCACUUAGCAAUUUCAGGAAGUGCAAUCUUGGGCGUGGCCCUGGUAGAGGCGUGGUGACGAGGCUGAAUAACCGUAAGAUCGCCCGCAAGUUCCUAACAGCUUCUCAGAUGGCAUUUGGUUGGAGGGGAAGAGAGCGUCAGCGUUUUCAGCUUUUUAAUUCAUCAGUUUAUGGCACAAAUGACCUGCUCUUCAGUGAUGUGACUGACAAGCUGACUGUCCUGCAGGAAGACAUGGACAUCAGUCAAGUUCUGGGACUGGACUAUGUGGCUUUGCUUAAGGGCCUUGGACAUGAAGGCAGUUCACUGGAGGACAGCGUGGUGAGGUGGUGCUGUAUUAGUCAUGCUGAACAGAAGAAGUGUGAGCAGUGGGCUCUCAGUAUUAAAUCAGAUCCUCUGGUGUGUGUAAGGGCCUCAUCUAUGAGUGACUGCAUUGAGAAGAUCAAGAGGGAUGAAGUGGAUGCUGUGUCCCUGGAUGCUACACACACCUUUAUCGCUGGAAAGUGUGGUCUUGUACCUGUAGUGACUGAGUAUUAUGGGGAGAAAUGUGAAUUCACUCAAGGAGAAGAAGGUCAUUUUGAGACUAAAGAUUUGCCAUCAGUGUAUGGUGUGGCGGUGGUCCGACGCUCUAGCAGAAGCGUGUAUUUUGGUAAUAUGGGUGGCCGACGUUCCUGCCAUGGACACAUGUACAGUCCUGCUGGCUGGGUACUGCCCGCAAAAUACACACUAAGCACAGAACAUAACAACAGCGCCUCCUGUGAACCAGAUAAAGUGUACUCUGAGGUGUUUUGGAAGGGCUGUUUGCCAGGAGGUCAAGGCAAUCUGUGUAAAGUGUGCUUAGGUGGCACAGAAGAAGCAGCCACCAAACGCUGCUCUGACAACCACAAUGAACGCUAUUAUGGAAACAUUGGAGCACUGAGGUGCCUGGUUGGAGAUCGAAGUGGGAAAAGCUAUGGAGAUGUUGCAUUUAUAGAACACCACAACUUGGAGAGUAACAUCAAAAAUCUGAACAGCAGUGGCUGGGCAGAGGGCUGGCUUUCCUGGGAUUUUGAGCUGUUGUGUGGGGACGGAGGGCGUGCUGCACUGACAGAGUGGAAGAGCUGUAAUCUGGGAGCCAUCCCACCCAACACUGUGAUGACAAGACCUGUACUGAUUGCUCGCAUCUACGACUUCCUCAUGAAGUCACAGGAGGCCACUGCAGCACGUCCAGAUUCUGAGUUCCAUAUGUUUAAGUCUCAGCAGUACGGUGAAAGUGAUCUGAUUUUUAAAGAUGCUACACAAUGUCUGGUCCACACCAGCCACAAGGACUACCGCACUAUAUUGGGAGAGGAGUUCUAUUCACAGGCAGAAAGCAUCUUUAACUGCACACAUUCAGACAUUCUGAAGUUUUGCAACCAAGAUGUAUGCAGCAUAUUCUGAACAACCUGAAGACAGAAUGUGGCAAUAUAUUUUCAUGUGUCUGCUGCAUAAUAAAUUACUAAUACAC